AUGGCCGCAUCAACUGAGAAAUCGUCCUCCCGACCGGCUCGGAUCCCCUACUGGCGCGUCCUGGUCGACCACGGCGCCGUCACCGACGACAUUAUCAACCACCCCUACUCCGGCCAGGGCACCGAGGAGGACCCGUUCAUCGUAGAAUGGAUCCCCGACGAUCCGCGCAACCCGAUGCUCUUCCCGCAGCACCGCAAGUGGACCUUCACCAUCAUCGCCGCCUUCGCCACCUUCGGCGUGUCGAUGGCCUCGUCCGCCUACGCGGGGAGCAUCGACCAGGUGAUUGAGUCCUUCGGCAUCGGCACCGAGGUCGCCACCCUGGGCGUGUCGCUGUUCGUGCUGGGGUUCGCCGUCGGCCCGCUGGUGUGGGCGCCCCUCAGCGAACUGAUCGGCCGGCAGCUGGUCUUCGCCAUCUCGUACCUGGGGCUCGCGGUCUUCUGCGCCGGGGCGACCGGGUCCCGCAACUCGUGGACCUUGAUCAUCCUCCGGUUCUUCGCCGGCUCGUUCGGAUCGUCCCCGCUCACGAAUGCCGGCGGCGUCAUCGCGGAUGUCUUCCCCGCUGAGGAACGUGGGCUGGCGAUGAGUUUGUUCGCAGGCGCACCUUUCUUGGGACCGACCAUCGGACCCAUCAUCGGAGGCUUCCUCGGCGAAAGCGCGGGCUGGAAGUGGGUGCAGGGCCUGCUGGCGGCCUUCUCCGGCCUCAUCUGGAUCAUCCAGUGCCUCAUGAUCCCCGAGACCUACGCCCCCUUGCUGCUCCGCGCGCGGGCCGAUCGGCUGUGCAAGCUGACCGGCAAGGUGUACCUCAGCAAGCUGGACCGGGAGCGCGGCCGCGUUUCCGUGGCGAACGCCUUUGGAGCGGCACUCCUGCGGCCCUGGGUGCUGCUCUUCGCCGAACCGAUCGUGCUGCUCCUGUCCUUGUACAUGGCGAUCGUCUAUGGCACCCUGUACAUGCUGUUCGACGCGUUCCCCAUCGUGUUCCAGGAGAUGCGCGGCUGGAGCGAAGGCAUCGGGUCCCUACCGUUCCUCGGGGUGAUGGUCGGGAUGAUGACGGCGGUGGGCUACAACAUGUACGACAACAAACGGUACAAGCGCAUCCACGAGCAGUACAACGGCUUCGCGCCGCCGGAGGCGCGGCUGCCCCCGACAAUGAUCGGGGCCAUCACCAUCCCCGUCGGAUUGUUCUGGUUCGCGUGGACCAACGGACCCUCCGUGCAUUGGAUCGUGUGCAUCAUCGCCGCCGCGCCCUUCGGCUUCGGGAUGGUGCUCGUCUUCCUGAACAUCAUGUCGUAUCUGAUCGACUCGUACACCAUCUACGCAGCCUCUGUAUUGGCCGCGAACUCGAUCAUCCGCAGCUGCUUCGGUGCGGGCUUCCCCUUGUUCACGACCUACAUGUACAACAACCUGGGCAUCCACUGGGCCUCCUGUAUUCCGGCGUUCUUGUCGCUGGCGUGUCUGCCGUUCCCCUUCAUCUUCUACAAGUACGGCGCAAGUAUCCGGCGGAAGUGCAAGUAUUCGGCCGAGUCGGAUGCGUUUAUGCGCAAACUGGCCGACAAGACCCUGCACCACCCAGAGAAGGAGGUCGAGGUGGAGGAUGAAGAGGCGGAAGCGGUGGCUGAUGAGGUGGACGUGACAGCUAUCGACCAUGAGCUGGACCUGGAGCGAGGCGACUCGCUCUCCACAGAGGAAGACUCGCAGCGGCAGUACGAAGCCAAUCCAUACGACAUUGACCGGGUGAAUACCCGCAACUCCGCCAUCACUCAGCGCUCGCGGUCGCGCUCCGUCCAGUCCAAGCGAAAGAAGUGGCUGGGGUUCUAG